UACAGUUAGUCCAAAGACUCGCAACACAGACCUAUUUAAAUAUGUUCAAAUUGGUGGUGUUGUCUGCUCUCGUAGCCUUUGCUGUAGCCAAACCAGGAUAUCUUGGAGGACAUUUGGGAUAUUCCUUAGCUCCUUUAGCUGUGCAAACUCACAACUAUGCUAUACCUUCAGCUAUCAGCAGUACAUAUCGCAAAGACAUUGUCAGCCAACCAUGGGUACAAACGUAUGCUGCUCCAGUAGUUGCCGCUCCAAUCAUCGAAAAGACCAUCUUGGCUCCAGCCGCUGUUAGCAGCACUUACAGAAAGGAUAUCGUCAGCAAGCCAAUCAUCUCCACUUAUGCUGCUCCAGCUUACGUUUCUGCCCCAGUAGUCCACAAGACUAUUGUAUCUGCUCCAACUUAUGCUAACUCUGCUCCAUUUUCUUAUGGUACCCAUGUUCCGUCAGUUUACGCUUGGUGAAAAGAGAACUGUGUAAAUUUAAACUGCUAUUUAUUAA